UUCUUUUCUUCUUGUUUUCGUUCUUUUUCAUCCACCCCAUUCAAACAAUUAAAAGAGUGCGUAUGCAGGGUUUAGGGUUUAUAAUUCUGCAAUAGUAGUUCUCAAGAGUGACCCUAUCCUUCCUUUUUCGUAUUCUUCGUCUACGCCGUAGGCAGACACCAAAUCAGGGAUGAGAGGCGUACAACUACCAUUCAGCAACACCCAAAAGCUAAGAUACGAAAGAGCAUUGGCGCAGUUGGAAUCCCUUUCUUCAAAAGUUAAUACCAAUGCCACUGUCAUUGUCGCCGACACCAUCCCCGUCGACGAAGAUGGCGCACUCAAGGGACACGGUACAUUGGAUAUGGGUAAGAAAGUGGUAGCAACUGUCUGUGGAGUGGUUGAGCGCGUGAAUAAGCUUGUCUAUGUUCGAUCUUUAAGGGCCAGGUAUAAGCCAGAAAUUGGUGAUAUCAUAGUUGGCCGUGUUAUUGAGGUUGCUCCAAAGAGAUGGAGAUUGGAAAUUAAUUUCAGCCAAGACGCCGUACUAAUGCUCUCUUCAAUGAAUCUGCCAGAUGGUAUUCAGAGGAGGCGAACUGCAAUUGAUGAACUCAAUAUGCGAACCAUAUUCGUGGAGAAUGAUGUCAUCUGUGCUGAAGUCCGUGGUUUCCAGCAUGAUGGCAGUCUACACCUCCAAGCUAGAAGUCAAAAGUAUGGAAAGCUUGAAAGAGGGCGACUACUCACAAUCCCUCCAUAUCUAGUGAAGAGGCGUAAACAGCAUUUCCACCAUCUAGAUCAGUAUGGAGUUGACUUGAUACUUGGCUGCAAUGGAUUUAUUUGGAUUGGGGAACAUGUUGAAGUAAAAGAUGUCAUGGUAGAGGAUCAAGUAAAUAAGUCUGAUCCACAGAACACCCAUUCAGGAAGCUUACUCGGUUCUAGUGAAGAACUGACUUCUACACCACCGGAAACAAGACAAUAUAUAUGCAGGAUAGCAAAUGCCAUCACGGUAUUCGCUGCUUUAGACUUCAUGGUUACUUUGGAGGGUGUAAUAGAGAUGGUUAACUUGAGCUUGUCUUUGAACCUUGGUGUGGAUGAGAUGCUUAAAGCAGAAUUCCAUGUUCUAGUUGCUGAGAAAGAAGCUGAACGACGGAGCACGUUGACAAAAAGAAGAUAGUAGUUACAAGACAUCAUUUACAUUUGCCUUUCUUGAUUUUACUAUCAGUUAUGCAAGUUAGAAGAGAUUAGGAAUCCGUUAAACUGAGCUGGGUUGCACUAUGUCACCCUUUAAUUGAAAAGAUAGAUUGCUUUUGUGGAAAAGUUUCCUUCUGAAGGUCCUGUUAAAUUUACUUCUAAUUGAUGUGCAUUAAUUAAGGAAUGAGCAGGCUCAGGGUAAAAUGUUUUUCUUCCUA